CACAAAUAUCCAUUUCGCUGCCCUUCUGCCGCCAUUUCGUCCACCUCGACCGAGCUGCAGAAAAAGGAGGAGAACUGCGCCGUUACAGCAAGCGAGCCGCUUUUCUGAGAGUUCAGAAGAUUUCUGUGUUUAAUUUUCUGUCGGAAAAGGAGAAGAAAAGCUGAAGAUGUCGGCUGAAGGUGUAGCGGAGAAACAAGGCCAGGGAAAUGCGGUAAAUGGAAAGGCCGGCCAUGAACCCAGGAAGGAAAGGUCAUCAAAGCGUGGAGGGGGUAGAUUUGAGCCCUAUGGCAACCCUGCCAAGAGAUACCGUGUGUUCGUGAGCAACAUUCCCUAUGAUGUGAAGUGGCAGGCACUGAAAGACCUUAUGAAAGACAAAGUGGGUGAGGUAACAUACGUGGAACACUUAAUGGACGCGGAAGGCAAAUCAAGGGUAAGUGCAAGAGCGAACCUCCAUAUGUCCGCUUGAGUUUUCUUAUUACUUCUCCUUUCAAAGUGGGAUGUUCAGACUUUGGGUUUGAAAGUUGAAAAUGUCGUCGUGGGUGAGUCUUGGCUGAAUGUCGAUGCCGACUAUGGUUCAGAGUGGAGCCAUGAGGAUGGUUCACAGCUCCAUGGUAAUUCUGGCUUUUGUGCAUUCAGUCCCCAAGUGCAUCAUCGUUCUGCAUUGCCUCUCGAGUCUGGCAGUAGUGAAUGGUGUUCAGUAGCUAAUCAUGGUUUAAAUGGCUUCAGUGAUUCCAGUGAUCCUUUGAAAUGAAGUUGGGGAAAAAGGCUGAAGAACAUCUUUGUCUUGAUCGUGAAACGUUAAUGUUAACUUACUGUUCUAAUGUUGAUCAUUAAGUCGAAAGCCUUGGUAUUCUACUGAAUGUCAGUUCCAUUGAGUUAUGUAAUUAGAGCACUGUAAGUGAACACCAUAAUGGCCCUUUAUUGUUUGGAAUGUGGUAUAUAAUUAAGUGUGCUUUAGUGCAGUAAUAUUCCAUGACUGUUGUCUAAUUGUUUUUCUUCAUCUUUUUGCUCAUCUACCCAUCUGCCUUAAUUGAUGCUUCAUAUGAAUAAUAAAGGGUUGUGCUGUGGUUGAAUUCAGAACUGAAGAGCUAAUGAAAAAGGCAGUGGAGAAGGUCAACAAACACAACUUGAAUGGACGUCCCCUAAAAGUGAAGGAGGACCCAGAUGGAUUGAUUGCUCAGCGCGAGGCCCACAGAGCCCAGGGUGGUGGUGGAGGACCUCCUGGCGGCAUGGGAGGUGGCAUGGGCGGUGGCAUGGGUGGUGGAAUGGGAGGCGGCAUGGGCGGUGGAAUGGGCAUGGGUAUGGGACCUGGGCCUGGAGGCCCCCCUAUGGUGAACAUCCCUCCAAGUCUCAUGAACAACCCAAACAUUCCCACUGAAAUCAUCCAUGGUCUUCAGGCUGGCAAGAUAGGAAGCACAGUCUUUGUUGCUAAUCUUGAUUAUAAAGUUGGCUGGAAAAAGCUGAAGGAGGUGUUUGGCAUGGCUGGGGUGGUGGUUCGUGCUGAUAUCCUAGAGGACAAGGAUGGCAAGAGUAGAGGCAUGGGGACAGUCACCUUUGAAAUGGCCAUUGAAGCUGUCCAAGCAGUCUCCAUGUUAAAUGGACAGCUCCUGUUCAACCGGACAAUGCAUGUGAAGCUGGAUGAGAAGUCUUUGCCAAAGGGAGACUUUGCACCCCCUGAGAGACCACCUGCACUACCUCGUGGUCUUAGUGGAAUUGGUCUUGGACUUGGUCCUGGUGGGCAGCCCAUUGAUGCUACACAACUGAACAGAGGUGGUGGAAUGGGAGGUGGCAACAUGGGGCCUGGAGGCAUGGAUGGAAUGGGAUUUGGUGGCAUGGGUAGAAUGGGAGGCAUGGAUAAUUUUGGUGGUGGUGGUGGAGGAGGAAUGAACAACAUGGAUCGUUUUGGGCCUUCUGGAAUGGGGAGGAUGAAUGAUAUGGAUCGUGGAAUUGGAGCCGCUUUCGAUAGAGAAUUUGGUGGUCGUAAUGAGAUGAGCAUGUCCCGUAACAGCUUUGGGGAUUCCUUCGACAGAACAAUGGGCAGCUCUAUGGGUAUGGAUCGUAUGAGUUCCAGCAUGGACCGGCUGGGUUCCAGCAUGGAUCGUAUGGGAGGACUGGACCGCAUGGGUGGGAUGGAUCGGAUGGACCGUGUGUCUGACCUUGACAGGCUAGGUUCUGGAUUUGACCGUAUGGGCUCAGGCUUGGAUCGUCUGGGCCCCAGUAUGGACAGACUGGGAUCUGGCUUAGACCGCAUGAGCUCCAGCAUGGACCGCCUCGGUCCUUCCAGCUUUGACCGCUUGGGCCCCUCCAGCCUUGACCGCAUGAGUGCAGGUAUGGAUUUCGGUUCACCCAUGGGCAUGGACAGAAUGAAUACCAGUCUAGACCGCAUGGGCUCCAACUUUGACCGCAUGGGUUCCGGUGGGCUCGACCGCUUCUCUGGGCCAGGGAUGGAUCGUAUGGGCUCCAGUAUGGACCGCAUGGGUUCCGGUGGUGUGGGAGGACAGUUUGACAGGGGUUCAGACAUGGAUCGUGGUAACUUCGGCGGUUUCGGUUCAGGAGGACAAGGAGGGGCUGGACCUAAUGCAAGGAAAGGCUGUCAGAUUUUUGUCAGAAAUCUGCCAUUUGAUUUCACCUGGAAGAUGCUGAAGGAUGCCUUCAAUUCCUGUGGUAUGGUGCAGUAUGCAGACAUCAAGAUGGAGAACGGCAAGUCGAAGGGCUGUGGUGUGGUUCGCUUUGAUAAUCCUGAAACCGCAGAGAGGGCUUGCCGCACCAUGAACGGCUAUCGGCUGAAUGGCAGGGAGAUUGACGUGAGGAUCGACAGAAACGCAUAAUUGUCCACAGAUUCUGUUCUAGUUCUACUGUCUUCACUUUAUAUUCAGGCUUUCCAGAUGUCCCACAUGUUCCUUUGUGUUUUUUGGUUCUUUACAAUUGUGUACUAGUGCAGAAAUGUUGCACUUUUAGUUUUUGCUUGCUUAAAAUUUUUUUAGAGACCAAAUUUUAUUUGUAUUUCUCACCCUUCCCACUUUUAUUGUUAUGCUCUUCAAAAAUGGCCUUUGUUAAAGGCUUACCAAUAAAUUUGAAACAUUGAGA